AUGAUGAACAUGAUUAUUUCAAAAAGUCUAUUAUUUGUUUCUUUUUUCUUGUUAAAUUCUUUGUUUGCUUGUGCCAAUCUGAAUAAUAGUCAUACUAUGGAAAAUAACAACCAAGAUCAUCUUUUAGUGGGAAUCCAAGAAGAAAAAGAUUACUUUUUAAAAAAAUGCUGUGUUGAAUAUAAGUAUUGCUAUGAAAAUGUUCUGGAUGAUUUUUUUUACAACUGUCUUGAAAGCAGCAAAAACAAUAAAGAUUAUUCAGGCAGAUACAAUGGAUAUCAAGAAGAAAAUCUCUACCACACAACAAAUGAGUAUAAAAACUGCAAAUGUUUAUUUGCAACCAAGUUGGAGUUUCAAUGUAGCCAAUAUUGUCCUAUUGAAACUAGAACAAUGUUUACUCACUUGAACAAAGAAUUAUGCUUCAAUAAUGUAUAA